AGGCGCCAGGCGCCCGCGACAAGCCUUCUCGUGGGCAAAACAUGCCGGGGGCAUGGACUCAGUGGUUGAGGCAGCGUCGUCAACCAACUGGCUCACCCGCUCGCGAAUCGCAACUCCCGUGGAGAAGCACCGCGCCAAGCAUGCUGCGGAGCCCACGGCGGCCACUGCUGCAGAGCAAUCACGCGGCCGCGGCGUUGGAGGGCCUCUCCGUCCUCUUCGCCCUCCUUCUCUUCGCAGGCAUUCUGCUGUACCACAUCCCGCUCGCGCUCCGCCGGCGGCGCAUGCGGCACCGCGACAUCGCAAAGAGACGCGCUCACCUGGAGUCGCUGUGGUGCGGAGAGUGCUCUGCUCGGCGGUUGCGCCGUGCGGUCCGCGCCGACUUUGAGGCGGAGGUGCGCGGUCUGAGUGCCGGCCGUCCGGGUGCUCUCGCCCGGCGGCGGUGCUCUCUGAGCCUCGGGCCAGAUGUCUGGCAGCUGAUCCUCGAGCAGACGUCCGUCCUCUCCCCUGCCCUCCGGUCGGUCGCCGGCUGCUCAAAGGCGAUGGCGGGCCUGGCACAGGACAGGCUGCGCCUCUUCCUGCGCGAGUCUGGCGCGGGCGGUGCGCACUUCGAUGAGACGCUGCCGAUCGCGCGACCGCUGCCCGCCGCGCUCGCGCCGUUUGUGCGGCUUCACGCGCACGCGGUGCGCUGGACCAUGCGCGCGCGCUUCCUGGCCAUCGAGACGCUGAUCACGCGGCUCGUCCAUUGGGGCCGCGGGCUCGACGCGCUGCGGGAGAUGCUCGACGAGCCCGACGCGGCCCACCGCCCUAGAAGCAGAAUGCGGACUCUUGCCCACCGCGCAGCCUUCGAGCAGUGGCUCUGCAACGCGGGCGUGUGCGAGGCCGCGAGGGAGGGCGGCCGCCUCCUCCUUGACGAGUACCUUCCCGACGCGAGCCGCACUGCCGACGUGGACGAGCUCUGGCGGCGUGUCCUCCUCGACAGCCCGCCGCCGCCGCCGCAGCAGCAGCAGCAGCAGCAGCAGCAGCAGCAGCAGCAGCAGCAGCAGCUCGCGCGUGCCGGCGGUGGCGCUCGACUCGCCGCGGGGAGAGGCUUCGCUUUGCCAGAGAGGGCGGCGUGGCGUGCGGCGGGGCACGCGCAUCUCCUCGCGAUGUGGGCCAAGGCGGCGGAGGAGGGGAGGCUGGUCUGCGGCGCCGUCGCUCUCCUCGCCGCUUUGCGCCGCGCGCACGCCGCGCCGCCCUUCCAGGGUGAGAGCGAGCCGGGCUCGGAAGGCCGGCCGUGGCUGCGCGUGUACCAGGCGUCCGACGCCGACCCUCUCACGCUGUCGUGCGUGCAGUACGCGGCCGUGCUGGUUGCGAGGAGCUUCGACCAGGGCCUGCACAGCCUCCGCAUCACCUCCGAAGAGCUGCGAGGUAUGGCGGCAGAGCACGACGAGCUGCGUUCCGUGGCGCCUGCGAUGGGCGGAGUCGUCGCCGUGUUCCACACCGCCGCGCUCUGCCGCGCGCCCCCCGCCACGGAGGCCCCCCAGAUGAGCGUCGGCCGGCUGGUCGUGCUGCUGACUCCGUCGGCGAUCGUCGGCGCAAAGGCGAUGGUCGUUGCUUGCGUCGCCAGCGAGGCGCUCGGCGGCGGCCGCGUCGUUGUCGUCGGCUUGCGCACGGGGGGCGGCGGCGCGGCACUCCCCGCCCGCGGCUCCGAUGGCGGCGGCGGCGGCGCGUUCGUGCGGUGCGUGCGGCCAGAGGAGGUGAGCCUCACGCGGUACAUCAUCAAGACGGUCGACGAGCCGUCGCCGCAGCCGCCGCCCUCUCCGGGGGCGCACGGCAUCGGAGGCCGGCCGGCGGAGGAGGAGGAGGGGCUGCACUUCCGGGAGUCGUAUGCUCGUGCUCGGUACGUGUUGUGGGGGGAGGUGGCGGCGAGGCCGCCGAGCAGCCGGCCCCUCUCUGAGUGGGUGGAGGAGGAGGGGGCGGCGUUUGGGCGGACCAACGCGUGGGCGAGGCUCCUCGCGUGGCAAGCCGCCGGGGCGUGGGAGGCUACCCUCGAGACCGACGCCACUGGCGCCGAGCGCUCCGCGCUGCUCAGCGAGGGAACGCACUACCUGUCGGGCAGCUGCUCUGCCGCCGGCUCCGAGCGGCUUGGGGGCGGGGCGGCUCGGUGCCCGCCGGACAUCGCUCGCUUCGAGGCGGAGGUGGAGGUGCUGGCGGCGCGGCUUCUGAGGCUGGUGCAGCCGACGAGACGCGAUCCGGGCAGCGGCGCGUCCAAAGGAGAUGACCGACGCGCGGCGCUGGCUCUGCUGCGGCUGGACCGAGUACCUGCAGGGGCGCUGGAGGCGGGAGCGGCAGGCGGCCUGCCGGGGGGCGGGAGCGCCGCGGUAUGUUGGGCCGCUUUCAGAGCCAACGACCUCCGAGUCCAGUCACUCUAG